UCAUGUGACCGCACAAGCAAACAUGGCGGAUGUAGAGGCAUCGAAAUCUUUGAGCGGACUGUUGAAUGGAAUAGCUCAAAAAGUGUAUUAUAACAACAGCGAAAUCACAGAGGAGCUGUUGAAAGAUGAGUUAUAUCCCGAGCUGUCGCAGGAGGAGUUCAAGGCUUUGCAUGAAAAGAUGAAAGCCCUCAUUAAGUCUAUUGCCACAGCAGACAUGGACCCCUCCCAGCUGGAGGCCUUCCUCACAGCGCAGACGAAGAGGCAGGGCAGCGGGGGGCUGGGUGCCGAGCAGGCCGCCACCCUCUCUCGCUUCUGGAAGAGCCAGCGGGUCCGUGUGAGGGAGAGUCUGCUGUCUCAGAGCCGCUGGGAGCCCGGUCUCAGGGGCCUCUCCUGGAGGGUGGACCUCCACACUGCAGCCAGCCGGGGGGACGCAGCCCACAGCGGCCCCGUGGCCCUCAUGGAGCUGGAGCUGGGCCGAGCCGGACAGGACUCAGAGUUCGUGUGUCUGGAGUUUGAUGAAGCCAAAGUCAACCAGGUGCUGAAGAAGAUGUCUGAUAUCCAGGAGAGCAUCGACAGGAUCGUUCAUCGCACCUGAAACUUUAAGAGAGGUUUUCCUCGGGCAGCAGAGAAAUGGGAAGGUGGGAUUCUGUCUCAGAGACACUGCACCUCAUAGAAAAUAACUGUUCUCUCUUUGCUGAUAUGCCAGGAUGGAUCCAACAUGGCUCUGCCUACAGACUUUUGAAAGACAUACCGUAUGAGAUGCAUAAUCCUCAUUUCAAUACAACUUGUCAUAUUGACUUGUCCUCAUAUUAAGGGUCUUGUUGAUGGACCAAAAAAGUGUUUGUUUUUUCAACCAACAAUAACUCAAAGUGCUGAAUUGUUUUUUUUUUUUUUAUAUGAGAGUGAUCCUUCUCUAUUCCCUUUCUGAAAGUGUGUAGAAAGGGUCCAAAUCUUUGCAAAUUUAAGUUGGUUAAAACAACAUUUUUUUUAUAAUACAAUGUGACAGAAACAACAAUUAUUAAAGUAAACACUGCAACGUAAUCUGAAGAGGAUGAUACAGCUUUAGAUCUAAAGUUCAGACUGAUGUUUUUUGACUGAAAAUGCAUUUAAAGUCAACGCAAAGAUGCAAAAGAACUCAAAUUGAUAUUAACAGGCGGCGCACAUUUGGUCAACAACUUUGAGUUGAACAAUUUUCCACUGAUGCUGUUUAUGGAGAAGAAACUGUUAAAUAAAAAAUAAAGUAUAAUUUGAAUUCAAUGUUGACGCCUUAGCUACUCAAUCUACAGCUUUAUGAUAAACCUGUGAUAAAAUGCUAACAUUAGCAUAAAAUGAUAUUGUGCCAAUAUUCUGAAUAUGUUCUUUUAGCAUAAAUGUAAAAAUGCUCACUUGAGCUAAUGUUAGCAUUUAGCUCGAAUCAUGAUGAUUUUUUCCCUCUGUGAAUGCUGACUUAGUAGCUAAUGUUAACAACAUGUAAGCGUUCAAAUAUUUAAUUCAAUACAACUUUAUUCAUCCCUUCAAGUGGCUAUUUGAUGCAUAGAACAACUAAAACCUAUUUUAUUAUGUAGAUGUUGGCAAGGUAAUAUAAGCAUUUAGCUGAAAGUACAGCUGACAGUAUCAGGUUAGACUGAUGAGAGCUCUCUGAUGUUACCAUGGUGAUUGUCAUGUACCUGAACAGAGUUUAGAGCGUCCUGCUCCUUUAAGGAAAUGGUGUGAUCAUCCCUUUCUGAGCUACCUGGUGUCAGGUAGACUGCCUGCAGGUGUAGAUUACACGUGGCCCAUUAAUUCUUAAGAGGAACAAAAGCCUGCAGGACCUCAGCAGCACUUGAACAGUUUGAUUAAGGACUUGAUUCAUUAGUUCAGGUUAAGAGUGUUUAUAUAAAUGCAGUUAGUUAAACCUCCAGUCAGAUCCAGUGGGAUGCAGUGUUUGUCUGUGUCUGUGUUCAGUGCGGAGGUUAUAUUGCUCCAGAGGUGGAUGACACUGACAAGCAAUAAAAUGCCUGAUAAAUAAACUCUUAAAUCAAUAAAGUAUAAACCAUAAAACCCCUGCUUUUGCUUUCGAGAUAGCAUUUACAACCCAACACAAGAUCAUGUUGGAGAUUAUUGGGAUAUACUCUAGCCUAUACUGUCUUAAAUGUGCUUACAAUAAGUAAGUUGUAAUAAUUAUUGUGUUUUGAUUUAAUCAUAAUGCAAAAUCUUUGAUUUAUUCUUGUUUUGUUUUCAGUUAUGGUGCGCAAAAUCUGAAACAAAGGUCAGGUUUAUUGUUUGACGGCCAUAAAUACAAAGAGAAUUCAAUCUAAAGUAUAAUUUAUAAUAUAAAGAGGAUUUGUCAGUGCUUGCAGGGCUCAGAGAAAUAUAUUUGUGCACUUUUGAACUUAAUGAAUCACUUUUGAAGAACUGCUCAAUGUACAUAUUUCCUUGUAAUUGUCAUUAAUGCUUUGUAAUAAACGUCUCAGACAUCUGGCUGGAA